AUGGGUAGAUCUCAAGAAGAAUAUAUUGCUCGUAUUAAUUCACCAUCUCAUCCAAUUCAAAUUGAUUUUGCACAACAAGAUGCUUAUGUAAUUACAUUUGCUCAACAAAAUACUCAUUUAGAUCGAGAUAUUCUAAUUAAUAUUGAAUUAACUGAUAAACGAAUUUAUACAAUUGUUGCUGUUGAAUCGACUGCUGUUAUGGCUGCAUUUAUUCCAACUGAAAAAGAUUGUCGUCAAGGAUUAUAUAAUGAUCAAAUAAAUGAAUUUAUCUUUAUUGUUGAUUGUAGUGGAUCAAUGCAAGAUGAAAAUAAAAUUGGAUUAGCUCGUCAAGCUAUGUUAGUUUUUCUUAAAAGUUUACCUGUUGAUUGUCAUUUUAAUAUUAUUCGUUUUGGAACACAAUAUAAAAGUCUUUUUACAGAAAUAACUGCUAUUUAUAAUGAAGAAAAUGCACAAAAAGCUGAACAACUCAUUAAUGGAAUGAAAGCAGAUUUAGGUGGUACUGAACUAAUGGGUCCUCUUCAAUGGAUUGAACAACAUUCACCAAAUCAAGGUCGUGCUCGUCAAAUAUUUCUUCUGACUGAUGGUGAAAUAUCAAAUAUCACAGAAGUCCUCGAUUUGUGUCGUUCAAUGGCUUUAUCUACUCGAAUAUAUUCUUUUGGUUUGGGAAAAUCACCUAGUCGAUCUUUAGUUAAAGGUCUUGCUCGAUCAACUAAUGGUCGAUUUGUUUUCGUUCCACCAAAUUCAAGUGUUGAUGUAUAUGUUGGAGAACAAUUACAGAAAGCUCUUCAACCAUGUGUUACUAAUAUUCGUGUUAAUUGGAAUCUUGGUGUUACUGUUCAAACUGCUCCAAAACAAUCACCUCCAGUUUAUUUCAAUGAUCGUCUUAUUGUUUAUGCUCUUACAAAUGAUAAAAUAAUUCCAUUUAAUCACAAUUCUUCUGUAGAAUUUCAAAUUGAACCCGAUCAUCGUUCAAUAGGUAUGGCAAAAGUCAAUCAAAUACCAAGCAUAGCUAAUAAUGAAACAAUUGCACGUUUAGCAGCUAAAGCACUUAUUCUGGAAUUACAACAUGCUAAACUUCCAUCAUCAACUGCCAAAAAACCGAAAACAGGUUCGACACAAGCACGGUUUCAAAAUCUGGUAGCAUCAGACGAAGAAAAAAUGGAAGUGGUUCCCGAUGAACAGACAACCAAACAAUGUAUCAUUGAAUUAUCAUUGAAAUACAAUAUCUUAAGUCCACAUACAGCGUUUAUUGGUAUAGAAAAGCGAACAAAUGCAAGCAAUGCUGACAUUAUGCUACGUGAAGUACCAAUGGAAAUUUCUGCUGAUGAUCAGCAUUUAUUUACACCAUCAAGAUUGCACUUCUUGUGUGGUGGUGGUGCAAUUCGUCAUAGUGCAAGCUAUGGAUUUAGUGCUGGUGGCAGUUUUCGGGGCAGAGGAGCUACAACAACUGCACGCAGCCCCCAAAGAAAGUCGAAUAUGAAAAUGCCGGGUGCAGCCAUUUCUAAACUUUCUGCAGGAAUGGGAUGGUCUUCUCAUUCAUUCACUGAACAAAUUGUGUGUAAGUGUUCAAUAUCAGAAAGGCGACCUAUCCAAAUAGAUGCCGAAGAUUUUGUACGCGGGUCGAGACUAAUCUAUCAAAACAAAGAAGUAUGGCCUUCAACUGAUCAAGAUAUUGUUCGUUAUUUGAUCAACAAACAAAAGUUUAAUGGUCUAUGGAAUUUAGAUGAUGAUAUUAUCAAGAAAUUAACAGGAAAGUCUCUUUCAGUUUUUCGAUCAGCAAAUCCAAACAUCGACAAUCAAAUAUUAAUUUCGAUCAUUGUUAUCAUUAUACUUGAGACAAGAUUUGCUGACUUUUCGUCAUUAUGGCAUGGUGUAGUUCAAAAAGCUCGUAAACGACUCAUUGAUUUGGUGGGAAAAUAUUCAAAAGAUUUUGAUACAUUACUUGAUGAUAUUCGUAAACAACUUUGA